ACGAUUCAAGCAAUCUUGUUACUAAACCCUUCAAGUCCGCCCAAGACCGGUUAGAUCAGCAGCCACAAAAUGUGGACAAGAUAAAGGGACACGUGGCACUGAUCCAUUUGUUCAAAUUUUUAUUAAGAUAAAGAAAUGGAUUGGCUGUCUUUUCAGUCCGCACAAAGCCCCUUCAACGAGUUGCAUUUGGAAGCAAUAAUAUUUUAAUUCGUUGUGUGCUCGUGCAUAAAAUAAGACAUUUAACUCAGCAGCAGGCAGUAAGCACAAUUUGUGAAGAUGGCAUCCAUGACCAUGACAGCCUCAUUCCUAGCUGGUUCGACCAUCUCCAAACAACCCUACGCAACCCCACGCAGAGGGUUGAUUGUGGCCAAGGCCUCAAGGGCCACCGAGGAAGAAAGGCUCAGUGUGGAGAUGAAGAACAAGGAAGAAAGCAGCAGUGGGAGGAGGGAUCUGGUGUUCGCAGCCGCAGCUGGUGCGGCAUUCUCCAUUGCAAAAGUUGCCAUGGCUGAGGAUGAACCUAAGUCAGGGACCCCAGAAGCUAAGAAGAAAUAUGGUCCUAUCUGUGUCUCCAAUCCUACUGCUCGUAUCUGCCGCAGGUGAGGAUAUUAUAUCUUCCUAUGUUUAUAUCCAAUGCUGAUUGGUGUUUAAGAUUACUGUAAAAUUGUACCCUUUCAUUGGAUAAUCUCCUUUGUUACGCUUCUCCA